AUGCGUUCGGAACUGAAUGCGCUGCAGAUAAUGCUUUCAAAACGUUUGGUCGUUUCCGAAACCCCGGAUAGUGAAAGAUGCACAUCUUACUCGGUAACGAUAUUUUUUUAUCAGUGGAUACUCGAUGCGCUAAUACAGUUGUUUCAUACUUUGUGGAGUGGCUUUCAGCGUCUACAACAGCAUAAAGAUACGAUCCCGAACGAGAAGUAUGCACACGAUGCGGAUGUGAUGAUUCACGAACUCGCAGAGCUAUUCGAUGGACAACUGAUCCCGGUGAAGACCUCUUUGGAAAGUCGAAUUCAAUGCCUGAAUGCGUUCAUCACCAAUUCCGGAAGCCGUGCGCCACCGCUCCGUGAAAAUGGAAUCGGAAGUGGGAAUACGCGUGAGGCUUCGUGGGUGCCGUCCGCCUUGCAUGCAAAGGAGUAUGUUGUGUGGAAAUCUCACGGCGGCGAGAACCUCGUGAAGAAUCCGAUGGCGAGCAUUUAG